AAGAUGUGCCCUUGAUUUGGACCUGUCUCAGAAGGUAGUCUGUAAAAUGGCUCAGACCAGCUUGCUGCAGGGGAAACAGUUUUAUUGCAGAGAGUGGGUUUUUCACAAACUACAGCACUGCCUCCAGGAAAAGACAAGCUUCAGCAAUAGCUCUGCCAACAAACCAUCCAUUGUGCUGAAUUCUGGGUCUAAUGCUUGUGUUGUCCCUGGCAAAGGUGCAUCCUGGGGUGUAUUGUUAGUAGGAGGUCCUGGUAGUGGCAAGACAGCAGUUUGCACUGAAUUAUUAUGGCCAAGCUCACCUGCAAACUUACAAAGAAGUUUACAUCACCAAGCACUAGCCUUCCAUUUUUGUAGGGCACAGGACUCUGAUACUCUUUGUGUGGGGAGGUUUAUUAGAGGCUUAGUUGCCCAGAUCUGUCAGAGUGGACUGAUUCAGGGUUACGAGGACAAAGUGAGAGAUCCUGCUGUUCAAAGUCUCCUGCAACCUGGGGAAUGUGAGAGAAACCCUGCUGAAGCUUUUAAAAGGUGCAUUUUGCUUCCACUUCUGGGAACCAAGAGCCCCCAACAAAGUUAUUUUCUCUUGGUGGAUUCAGUAGAUGAGGGGUGCAAUAUUGCUGAAGGUGACCAGACCUCUACAAGCUUAUCUGGAACUAUAGCUGAACUUCUAGCUACUCACUAUGAAUUUUUCCCCCCAUGGUUGCUGCUCCUCUGUUCUGCUCGAAAGCAGAAUAAAGCUGUCACAAAGUUGUUUACAGGCUUUCGAAAAAUAAGUCUUGAUGACCUCAGAAAGGCCUAUAUUGUGAAAGAUGUUCAACAGUAUAUUCUUCAUCGCUUGGAUCAAGAAGAAGCCCUGAGACAACAUCUCACAAAAGAAACUGCAGAAAUGUUGAAUCAGCUUCACAUUAAAAGCAGUGGUUGCUUUCUGUACCUUGAGCGUGUCCUAGAUGGAGUAGUAGAAAAUUUCAUUAUGCUAAGAGAAAUUCGUGAUAUCCCUGGAACGUUAAAUGGACUCUAUCUUUGGCUUUGUCAGAGACUUUUUGUGAGAAAACAGUUUGCAAAAGUCCAACCUAUUCUGAAUGUAAUCCUUGCUGCUUGCAGACCAGUCACAACAACUGAAUUGUUCCAUGCAGUGUGGACCAAAAAUAUGGCAUUGUCUGUGGAGGAUUUCCAGCGCAAACUAGAUGUUCUAUCAAAAGUUCUUGUUGAUGGUCUAGGAAACACAAAGAUCCUUUUUCAUUACAGUUUUGCAGAAUGGUUGUUGGAUGUAAAACAUUGUACACAAAAAUAUUUAUGCAAUGCAGCAGAGGGACAUCGAAUGCUAGCAAUGAGUUAUACAUGUCGAGCCAAGGAUUUAGCACCAUUGGAAGCACAAGAAUUUGCUUUGCAUUUAAUAGAUUCAAAUUUACAAUUGGAAACAUCUGAGUUAGCUUUAUGGAUGAUCUGGAAUGGUACUCCUGUUAAAGAUUCUUUGUUGACGUUGAUCCCCAAAGAGCAGGAAGUUUUACAAUUGCUAGUAAAAGCUGGUGCUCAUGUUAAUAGUGAAGACGACCGGACAUCUUGCAUUGUGCGACAAGCAUUAGAAAGAGAAGAUUCUAUUCGAACUUUAUUGGAUAAUGGUGCUUCAAUAAAUCAAUGUGAUUCAAAUGGAAGAACAUUGCUGGCCAAUGCUGCCUACAGUGGCAAUCUUGAUGUAGUGAAUUUGUUAGUUUCUAGAGGAGCAGAUUUUGAAAUUGAAGAUACCCUUGGGCAGACAGCACUUACUUUAGCUGCACGGCAAGGGCACACCAAAGUUGUAAAUUGUUUGAUUGGAUGUGGCGCUAACAUAAAUCAUACUGACCAUGAUGGAUGGACAGCAUUGCGAUCUGCAGCUUGGGGUGGACAUACUGAGGUUGUUUCUGCACUUCUGUAUGCUGGCGUAAAAGUGGACUGUGCAGAUGCUGACAGUCGAACAGCUUUGAGAGCAGCAGCCUGGGGAGGACAUGAAGAUAUUGUACUGAAUUUGUUGCAACAUGGGGCUGAGGUGAACAAAGCAGAUAAUGAAGGGAGAACUGCUUUAAUUGCUGCAGCGUACAUGGGGCAUAAAGAAAUUGUAGAGCAUCUUCUAGACCAUGGUGCAGAGGUAAAUCAUGAGGAUGUGGAUGGAAGGACUGCUCUCUCUGUUGCUGCUCUUUGUGUUCCUGCUAGCAAGGGACAUGCUUCAGUUGUGAGCCUUUUAAUAGACAGGGGAGCUGAGGUGGAUCAUUGUGACAAAGAUGGAAUGACUCCACUGCUAGUAGCAGCCUAUGAAGGGCAUGUAGAUGUUGUUGAUUUGCUUCUAGAAGGUGGAGCAGAUGUAGAUCAUACUGACAACAAUGGCCGCACUCCUCUUCUUGCUGCAGCGUCAAUGGGCCAUGCUUCAGUUGUAAAUACUUUAUUAUUUUGGGGAGCAGCUGUGGAUAGCAUUGAUAGUGAAGGACGGACAGUUCUUAGCAUAGCAUCUGCUCAAGGUAAUGUUGAAGUUGUACGGACUCUGCUAGAUAGAGGAUUAGAUGAAAACCAUAGGGAUGAUGCAGGAUGGACGCCUUUGCAUAUGGCUGCUUUUGAAGGUCACAGAUUAAUAUGUGAAGCACUUAUAGAACAAGGUGCUCGGACUAGUGAAAUUGAUAAUGAUGGACGUAUACCAUUCAUAUUGGCAGCCCAGGAGGGCCACUAUGACUGUGUGCAGACUUUACUGGAAAAUAAAUCUAAUAUUGAUCAUAGAGGCUAUGAUGGGAGAAAUGCACUCCGUGUUGCUGCUUUAGAAGGACACAGAGAUAUAGUUGAACUACUUUUCAGCCAUGGAGCUGAUGUGAACUAUAAAGAUGCUGAUGGCCGGCCAACACUUUACAUCCUGGCCUUAGAGAACCAGCUAUCAAUGGCUGAGUAUUUCCUAGAAAAUGGUGCAAAUGUAGAAGCAAGUGAUGCUGAAGGAAGGACGGCACUCCAUGUUUCCUGCUGGCAGGGCCAUGUGGAGAUGGUACAGAUGCUGAUAACAUACCAUGCUGAUGUAAAUGCAUCAGACAAUGAGAAACGGUCAGCUUUACAGUCGGCAGCAUGGCAGGGUCACGUCAAAGUAGUUCAGCUUUUGAUUGAGCACAGCUCCUUAGUUGAUCAUACAUGCAAUCAAGGUGCUACUGCACUCUGCAUUGCAGCCCAAGAAGGACAUAUUGAUGUUGUGCGGAUAUUACUGGAAAAUAGUGCUGAUCCAAAUCAUGCAGAUCAGUUUGGGCGCACAGCGAUGCGUGUUGCUGCAAAGAACGGGCACACGCCAAUAAUUAAACUACUGGAAAAAUAUGGUGCUUCUAGUUUAAAUGGAUGCACGCCUUCCCCAAUCCAUACAAUGGAGCAAAAACCUUUGCAAUCAGUACCUUCAAAAAUGCAAUCCUUAACCAUAAAAUCAAACAGUUCAGGGAGCACUGGUGGGGGUGAUGUACAAGCUGCUUUACGUGGUUUGUCAAAUGGGCCAUCUCAUGCUUUUAGUUCACCCUCUGAAUCUCCUGAUUCAACAGUUGACCGACAGAAGUCCUCUUUAUCUAAUAAUUCACUGAAAAGUUCAAAAAACUCUUCACUUCGUACAACUUCAUCUACAGCAACUGCCCAAACAGUACCUAUUGAUAGUUUCCACAAUAUGUCCUUUACAGAACAAAUACAGCAGCAUUCACUGCCCCGCAGUAGAAGUAGACAGUCCAUUGUUUCACCUUCUUCCACUACUCAUUCUUUAAGCCAGAAUCAUAGUUCACCAAAUAGUGAAUUUGAAUGGAGCCAAGUGAAACCCAGCCUAAAAUCAACAAAACCAAACAAAACUGGGAAAACUGAGAACUCCAACAAAUCCGGGUCUGCUGGGAAAAAAGUAAAACAAACCACUCCCUCACAACCAAAAGUUUUAGAAUAUGAAAUGACUCAGUUUGAUAAACAGAUAUCUGUUACCAAAUGUGGCACUACUGUGCCUCUUAAAAAUAUGCCUGCUGAUACACAGUGCAAAAUUUUAGUCCCUUCAACCCAGCAAGAAGUUUGCCGGUCCCAACAGCAGUUUCUGAUCCAUCAACAAAGUGGAGAGCAGAAAAAGAGAAAUGGAAUAAUGACAAAUCCAAACUACCAUCUUCAGAGCAAUCAGGUUUUUCUUGGUAGAGUGUCUGUACCACGAACAGUCCAGGAUCGAGGACAUCAGGAGGUUUUGGAAGGCUAUCCAUCUGCAGAAACAGAAUUUAGCCUUAAACAAGCCUUAAAGCUUCAAAUUGAGGGAAAUGACCCAAGCUUCAGUUACAAGAAAGAAACACCAUUAUAAAAGGUGAGCACCUUUUAGAGUUGUCCUAUUCAAAGAGUUCUUA